CUUCAUAAACCAUUUUACAUUCACUUAUCCCAUCACAAGCAUUAUCACCGCGGAGCUUUGUGUUCGUCUUAAAAUGGGCCAAAAUCAUGAACGAAUUCGCCAAAGUGCUAAGGCCAGAGUAAAUGCAUGAAAAAAGUUGCGCUAAACAAUUGCUUGCGUUAGCUGACGGGACAUAGUUAGCAUACGGUGCUACCUAGCAAGUUACCUACUUUCAACACUAAGCCAGUUAGGCCUUUUUAAAAACCUGGAAAUUUGUCCGUACAUAACUUGGUGUACUAUUUCGGUACAGAAGGGGUGAGCAUUGGAGUGGUCUUUCUGUGAUUUGAUCCUUAUUCUCUAACGAGUGAUAUUUCUAUUUAGGCAGCUAAUCAGGGGAUAGUGUGUGUUGGUGCACCAAAUUUAGUUAGCUAGCCAGCUAGCUAGCGAGCUAUUCAGCUAGUGAGUUUGUGGCUCCCGUUUAGCAAAAACAUAGGUAGCCUGCUAAAUCAACUUGUAAAUCUGCUUACUUGCUAACUUCCGAUGACUGAGAUAUCUUGGCCAGUUGCACAGACAUUAUUACUGCGUUGGGCUCUUCGCGAAGUAGCAAGUUUUCGUGAUUUGUAGUGCAUAAUUCAAUUUGGGUGCGACCGAACUUUGCACGUUAACAUUAGCGUUUUUUGCGCAUCUCCCCGUGGAAAUACGGUUGCUAGCAGGUGGGCUGGUGAGCUCUUAGCUGCACGUUUGUUCACUUGUAACAUACCGCCUUAGCUUGAGAGCUAUGUUAGCCCAUUAAAAGCAUGGGGGUUACCCAGACAGUAAUUUCUUGUGUGGUUUUUUUCAGUUUCGGAUUUAUACUAGACAAGUCGGUCGUAUAACCGUCCAGCCCUACGGGCUAACGUUAACCUUUUAGUUCCCCAGUGCAUAGCUGCGGUAUAAACUUGUAAACGGGACUCUAAGCUCACACCCGGCUUGCUCGCCAUGCCAAGCCGCGGAUGCAGUGUUAUAGAAGAGGCCCGCUAAAUGAAAACGAGGAGAAAUUUAUUUUCAACCCGAAAUGAUGUCCUAGACAGAAAGAGGUGGCUACAUUCUGCCGCAGAGGAGAGCACCACGAUGAGGAGUCAGUAGGCACCCACCAUAGUAUGGCCGCGUCCCGCUCUUCGCGCGUCACAAGAUCAUCAGUGGGGAUAAAUGGAUUGGACGAGAACUUUUGUGGCCGAACCCUCAGGAACCGCAGCAUCGCCCAGCCGGAGGAGGCGUCGGCGCUUGCCACGCCCAGAGCCCGCUCGCCUAAGAAGAAGCAGGACAACCAGCAGCUGCAGGCGGGAUCCCACGCGGGGAAGGUAGCCGAGGGCCGGGCGGAAGGCGAAGCCUCGGCCGCCCACAGGAAGCGCGGCUUCUCCACCUCGGAGCGUGAUGAGCUGGAGAGGUCAGACAGUUGCGAGCGGGCAGCGGCCACCUCGGAGUCCUCGCCUGCUCCCAAGAAGGCCAAGCGAUGCCCUCGCUCAGGGGAGGCCCCGGGGACCGAAGAGGAGCCCUCCCCCAAACCUGAGAGCCCGGCUGACGCCACCAGGGAUAUUGAUGAGGACUCUAAGUCAGAUGCUGCCCUAAUGCCUGCUCCGAUGCCCGCUGAAGAAUUCGGGGAGGAGAGGGCCAAAGUUGUGGAGGGGGACACCCCUCUAGCUCAGGCUGAUGAGCCCCACAAGGCCACCAACGGUGUGGCCGAGCUCCACAAGGAGGACUUAGAAGCCGCAGCCCUGCCUGCAGCGCCCCGUGCCUGCCCUGCCAAGCUUGCUGACGGGCCCUCGCUGCCGAACGGUGGCCAGGCGCCACCCACCAUGCCCGACCCCAUUGUGCCUUGCCGAUCGCCACCACCCGGGCAUCUCAACGAGCCCGACAGGCCCCUGGUGGAUGGCGGGGGAAGCUGCCCGGCGGAGGAGGAUGCAGACGCCCAUGCUGUGUUGUCGCUGGAGCCCGAGAUGGAGGUGGAGGUGGACGUGGUGGGCGACUGCGGGCAGACGCGGGACCAGAACGCGGAGGAGGGCACCAACGGCGGACCGCCGCUGGAACCACUGGACCCGUCUGACGAUGGCUCGAAUAUCUCAGGGGAAACAGCUGGGCAUGCCUCGUCCCAGCCACCCGCCGAGCCGCCCUCUUUCACCGAGCCGCAGGAACACCGAUAUGCCCUGAGGACUUCCCCUCGGCGCACCCCCAGUAUAGGCAGCGCUGCACCCGCUUCCCCCGUACUGACUCCGGGGGACAAUAGCUUACUGAAGGAGGAGGCUGCGAUGGGGCCUUUCGACUUGGAUGAUGCCUGCUACCCAGAGCUCCCCACCGACGGGCCGCGAGGCGCCGGAGAAACUGGCAGCGAACUCUCAGAGAACGUCAGGACCAGUAGUGAUGCAGAGGGCGGUGGGUUGGAUAGUAGUGUGUUCAGAUCCACCAAAGAACCAUCACUCGUUCAGGCUGAUGAGGAAGAAGAGGAGGAGGAGGAGGAGGAUCCUGAUGUUUACUAUUUCGAGUCCGACCACCUGGCUCUCAAACACAAUAAAGACUACCAGAGGCUACUGCAGACCAUCAGUGUGCUGGAGGCCCAGCGCACCCAAGCCAUUCUGGAUCUGGAGACGCUGGCCUGCCACCAGAAGCAAGCCCUGGCCAACCCCAUUGCCUUCGUGGACCACCUUCAGAAACGGGUGGAGUUGGGCUUGCCCUGUCCCCAGAGAGUGGUCCAGCUCCCUGAGAUUGCAUGGGACCAAUACACGUUAGGCCGCGGUGAAUUCGAAAGGGGACUGUGCGACAAGAAGCACAAAACACGGCGGCUGAAGUUGAUCUUUGACAAAGUGGGGCUACCAGCGAGACCAAAAAGUCCUGUGGACUCCAGGAAGGACGGCGAUGGCUCCACUCUGUACCUGUCUCUGCCUGCCAGCGACGCCCCUGAGCAAAGCAUGGCCAGCAACCGAACUCAGAUGAUUCGAGGGCGACCGUAUCACCAGAACAAACCUGACACCUUUAAUCAGCUGUGGACGGUGGAGGAACAGAAAAAACUGGAGCAGCUGCUCGAGAAGUUCCCACCUGAGGAGGUGGAGUCGAAACGCUGGCAGAAAAUCGCUGAUGAACUAGGGAACAGGACAGCCAAGCAGGUUGCCAGCCGAGUGCAGAAGUAUUUCAUCAAACUGACAAAAGCCGGGAUCCCAGUUCCGGGACGGACGCCAAACCUGUGCAUGUACAGCAAAAAGGCCUCCAGCAAGAGACAGCACCACCUCAACAAGCACCUGUACAGGCCGUCCACCUUCCUGACGUCGUACGAGCCGCCCGUCUACAUGGACGACGAGGACGAGCGCUCCAGCUCCUUCAGUGGACUGCCGGACCACGGGGCAGACGACUCGGACGAGGACAGCAUGCCGGCAGAUCUCAGGCACCUGCCUGAAUACAAGGAGCUGCAAGAGCUGAAGAGACUGAGGAAGCAGAAGAUCCAGGAGCUCCAGGGCGAGAGCUCCCUUGCCCAGCACGUGGGCUACAAGUGCGAUGCGUGUGGCAUGGAGCCAAUCCAGGGUGUGCGGUGGCACUGCCAGGACUGCCCGCAGGACAGUGCUAUCGACUUCUGUGGCAACUGCUCCGACUGCCUGUUUAAGACGGAGACCCACAAGCCGAAUCACCGGCUGGAGCCUGUCUACCAGGUCGAGACCUUCCUGGACAGGGACUACUGCCUGCCACACAGCACAGGCUACAACUACUUGGACCCCAACUACUUUCCGGCCAAUAGAUGACAGGGGCGGAGCGGGCCGCUGCAACCCCCAGGACGCUCCGCGCAUGGCUCCUCACCCUGAGAGGCAGGUGCGCUUAAGCGGGAGGGGGUAUUGACCCCUCCCUGGCCUGACCACCUGCCCCUGUGAUGGAGGGGGAGGGCACCACAUGAUCCCUUUGCAUGGUGGUCGUGCCCUAAACCUAGCUCCUCAAGUUCACCCGCCAACCUAAAGGCCAAGGGGUGAAGGGGCAGGAGCCACCCCAGGCCCCUCCUGUUUUCAGGCUCUCUUCCUAAGCUCCUCCCCCUCCUGUAUCCCACCUGGCUUCCCCUUCCCCCAUGCCAGCAUCUGAUUGGAUGCUGCAACCUGUGGCUUUUUGGAGCUUUGUGUUUUUUUUGGGGGGGGGGGUGGUUAGUUGAAACUCAAGCUGUUUAACUGUCGGUUGGGGUUAGGGGUGGGAGGGGUUGAAUGUAGUAUAACUCCUAGGUGAAGCUCCUUUGCGUUCAGGCUCUGUUGGGGUGAUGAGACGAGGCUGGGGAGGAUGAAGUGGGGCUCGGUGCCGCUGCCUUCUGAUUCAUGCCAGGUUUUUAACAAAUCAGAGGGGAUAUGCUAACAACUCAGACAUUCUUAACGGUGAAGACUCGGUCGACGGACCCUGGAUACACGUCUCUUGGCAGUGGACUACCACUUUUACUAGAAGCUGCUUUUUUUCCCCCUUUUCCACCCCACCCUUAUAUCAUGAUGUCGAUUUGUUUGAUUUUUUUUUUUUUUUUUUUAAUGUUAUAAACCCACUCCACUUUCCAACUAGGAGCACUACAGCACAGAAAAGACCAGCCGAGGUGUUAAUAACGUGUGAACAUGGGGGGGAAAAAAAAUGAAAAAGGGUGUAGUUUAGUUUUCCCUUUUUUCAGUGUGUACUGUUGUUGGUCAUGUGGAGUAUACAAAUGUACGGUGAAACUAGCAAGUGGUAGGUGCUGUGCCAUUUUUCCUUUCUUUCUUUGUUUUUUGGUUUGUUUGUUUUUUUUUUUAAUUGUCCAGAAGGUUCUACAUCUGAACCUGGCCCCGCAUUUUAAAAUAACUUGGAGGGAAACAAGAAGAGCUUGUGGCACUUUUGCCCUUUGUGGAAAAACUGCCCUGUCAUCACAUUAGGUCCUGUUGUUGUUAUUAUUAUUUUCUUCUUUUGCAGUUUCCUCGUGGUCCACAACAAAAUUGUAUUUUUAUUAAUCUAUUUAAAUGGCAGAGAUGCCAGGAAAAAAAGAUAUCAAGAUGGUGGCUGCCGCCAAUGUGGCACACCCACAUUAUUUUAUACACAUGGAUUUUGUUGUGCUUCAAGUAGACCAUUUUGUAUGGAUUUUGUUUUGCCCCUCCCCCACAACCUUCCUCACCCUGCUUAAAUAUCUGUGUAUAACAGUCUGUUCUUAAAUAAUGUUAAUAUGUUAGAGGAGAACUGUGGAAAUAAAAGUAUGUGAAGUCUUUCUACACCA